UUUUUCAUUUUUUCUGUUUUCUAAGACAUAAAGAGUUAAUUGUUUGACCGUGAACUUGACUUACUUGUCAAGUCUUUUUUUGUUCUUCUUUCUACAAUUGUAGAAUUUAAAUGGACCGUAAAUGCUUUCCGUGGAAAAUUCAAGUUGGUUUUUGUGGAAAAUUCUCCAUAGACUUGGUUGACUUGACUUACUUGUUAAGUCUUUUUUGUUCUUUCUACAAUUGUAGAAUUUAAAUGGACCAUAUAUGCAAUUUAAAUGGACCAUAAAUGCUUCCCGUGGAAAAGUCAAGUUGGAAAUUGGUUUUUGUGGAAAAUUCUAACUCCAUAGAGUUGAUUUAUUUGUCUAGUUUUUUUUGUUCUUCUGUCUACAAUAGUAGAAUUUAAACGGACCAUAAAUGCUUUCCGUGGAAAAUUCAAGCUGGAAAUUGGUUUUUGUGGAAAAUUCAAACUCCAUAGACUUGCUUGACUUGACUUGAUGUGAUGGAAGAUAUUUUUCUUUAACUUUAUAUAUUAGGUGUUGGUAGCAAUGAUCGGUAUGCAACCAUGAGAGCGGUUACAAUUUCCUCAUUUGGAUUUCUUCUUGUCAUCGCAGUCACCAUUAUUAGCUUUUGCGAUGGGAAUUGCAAUGUGCUUUGCAUUGAAAGUGAGAGACAAGCCCUUUUGAAGUUCAAGCAAGACCUUAUUGAUCAAUCAAACCGGCUAUCUUCUUGGGUUGAAGGUGAGGAUUGCUGUGAAUGGCUUGGUGUUUUCUGCAAUAACUUGACUGGCCAUGUCAAAGAGCUGCAUUUGGGGCUUCUUUCAAGUAGACCUGAUGUGCAUGCACCGCAUGCUGAAUGGGAUGUUGAAUGGGAUGUUUACAUUCGGUCAAAACUAGGAGGCAAAAUAAAUCCUUCUUUGAUCGAGUUGAAACAUCUCAGUUUCCUAGAAUUAAGCAACAACGACUUUGGAGGCUUGGCAAUUCCCGAAUUCAUUGGUUCCAUGAAGAGUUUGAUAUAUCUUAACCUCUCUUGGGCAAAUUUCCAAGGAGCAAUUCCCCAUAAUCUUGGAAAUCUCUCAAAACUGCAUUAUCUUGAUCUUGGACACAAUUCCCUAUUUGAAGAUAAAACUCUUCAAUGGGUUUCUGGUCUGUCGUCUCUGCAGUAUCUUGAUUUGAGUCAUGCAGAUCUUGGUAAAGCAACUGAUUGGCUGCAGAUAACAAAUAAACUUCCUUUAUUGGCAGAGUUACACUUGUCAGGAUGCUAUCUAUAUAAUGAUCCAUCUCCAAUCAGUGUUAAUUACACAUCUCUUGCUGUUCUCGAUCUGUCUGCCAACAAGUUGUCUUUGGUGCCUACAUGGAUAUUCAUUGGAAUUCAUUCCUCUUCAUCAUCGACACUCAACUGGCUGUCUAAUUUAAACCAGCUUCAAUUUCUUGGUCUUCGUAGCGUCGGUCUGCAAGGUAACUUGCUUGAAAUUAUAGUACCAAAAUAUUUGGAAAGUCUUUGCAAUCUGAGGGAGUUGGAUUUGUCAAAUAAUGGAAUUGUUCAUGAGGUAUCAGAAAUCAUAGAAAGUUUGUCUAGAUGUAGUUUGGAUCGAUUAGAGUCAUUAAACAUGGGAUUUAACAAACUUUCUGGCCAUUUACCUGAUAAACUCGGCCAAUUUAAAAAUUUGGCAUACCUUUCCCUUUCUGGAAACUUCAUUUCUGGUCCCAUUCCAUUCUCAAUAGGGAAGUUGUCAUCAUUGAAAUUUCUUGAUGUUUUAAACAAUCGAUUGAAUGCAACUCUUCCUCAAAGUUUAGGACAACUUGGGAAUUUGGAACAUUUAGACGUUUGCAACAAUAUGUUGGAAGGACAUAUAUCAGAAAUGCACUUUUCUAAUCUCACGAGGUUGAGAUUUUUUAGGGCAUCUAACAACAUGUUAACGUUUAAACCAAAUCCAAGUUGGAUUCCUCCUUUCCACUGUGAAAGUAUUGAAUUGCGUAACUGGCAUCUUGGUCCGCAAUUUCCUCAGUGGCUACAAUUCCAAAAAAACUUGUCUCGUUUGGAUAUCUCCCAUGCUGAAAUUUCAAUCGUCAUUCCCACUUGGUUUUGGAACAUUUCGACUCAGUUGGAAUAUCUAAACCUUUCCCAUAACCAACUAAUUGGAGAGAUUUCAUAUUUACCGAUGAAGAGGACGGUUGACUUGAGUUCCAACCUAUUCAUAGGUCCAUUGCCACUGCCAAUCUCAUAUUUGAGGUUUUUAUUUUUGUCUAAGAACCUAUUUUCAGGAUCACUUUCCAAUUUUCUUUGUAAUUCCUCAACUAAACUGGAAGCUUUGACCAUUCUUGACAUUGAAUCAAAUCUUCUGUCAGGUGAAAUUCCAAAUUGUUGGGAAAAUUGGCAAAUGUUGCAAGUCUUAAAUUUAGGAAACUACAAUCUAACUGGGAAAAUUCCUAGAUCUUUGGGAUCUAUGCGUAGCAUUAGGUCAUUAAACCUUCGAAACGAUAACCUGUUUGGAGAAGUACCAUCCACAUUGCAGCAUUUGGUUGAGGUGAUUAUUCUUGAUCUUAGUGAAAAUCAAUUGACGGGAAGUAUUUCAGCAUGGAUUGGAGACAAGCUUUUAAACCUUGUGGUUCUAAACCUUCGUUCAAAUAACUUUCAAGCCUAUAUUCCUGAUCAAAUUUGUGCUAUUAAUUCUCUUCAAGUUUUGGAUCUUGGUUAUAACAACAUUUCAGGAGUUAUUCCAAAAUGUUUUAGUAACCUAAGUGCCAUGGCCACAAAAACCCUCUACCAAUAUGUGGGUAACUUCGCCUGGGAACUCGACCGUAUUAACUUGAUUCCUUUGGCUGCAUUAUUGGUGAUGAAAGGAAGAGAAGAUGCAUACAGUAACACACUAGGACUUGUUACCAUCAUAGACCUUUCAGUUAACAGUCUCACAGGAGAGAUCCCCAAAGAACUUGGUAGUCUUAUGGGGCUGCGGUCAUUAAAUUUGUCGGGGAAUUUUCUAACAGGAAAAAUACCAGAGAACAUUGGCAGUAUGGAGGUUUUGGAAUCUCUUGACUUGUCCAUGAACCGAUUCCAUGGUGAAAUCCCUUCAAGUUUCUCCAAUUUGAAUUUCUUAAAUCACUUCAACUUGUCCUACAACAACUUGACAGGACAAAUCCCAUUAAGCACCCAGCUCCAAAGCUUUGACAAGUUUUCUUACGUUGGCAAUCAUCUUUGCGGACCUCCUGUCACUAAAACUUGUAGCAGAAAUGGUGAAACACCUGAUGUCACAAAUGGAGGUAGCAGUGGAGGAAAGAAAAGGUCUAAGUUGAAUUGGCUUUAUGUAAGCAUAGUGCUUGGAUUUGUGAUGGGGUUUUGGGGAGUAGUGGCUCCCUUGUUUUUCAUCAGGUCUUGGAGGUUUGCUUAUUAUCAAAAAUUGGAGCAAAUUGGUGACAAGCUAUACGUGUUUUGGGCUACUAUUGAAACUAUAGAAAUAGAAGAUUCACUGAUUAAUUUGCUUGCUUAUCUGGUAAUUGAUAGGUUGAAACUUGAAAUUUGGAAACCUUUAGGGGAUUUUCAUCGAAUCACAUUGAAACUAUUCAUUUUGACAUCCGAGAGGCCGUCCAAAUGGAACAUGAUUGUUGCAAAAUUUUCAGGCCUGGAAAAUAUUGGUCAAUAA